AAAAAAAAGAAAGAAAAAAAAAAAAAGAAAGAAAGAAAGAGAAACACCUCCUUGGGCUUUUCUUGCAAAGCCCCAUCUCCUUCUACCGCCAGGGAAUUGUAUAGGGCUUUGCCAGAAGGAGCGCCUCGCUGUUUUAGAGUUAACUUCCCACUUAAUGCUCUCUCUGAGGGAAAAAAGGUGUAGCACUUUUACCAGUCCUUAGCAGUCCCAAGCACUGGCAGCCCAGGUGCUGUACAAACAGCAAUCAUCACAUCUACCUGAGCCAAACGCUUCCUCAGCAGCGGAUGUUUCCAAACAGCAGGAGAAAGCACAUUUCUGUCAACAAUAAAAGGCAGUGUCCAAGACCAGACGCUCCUGUGAUCAUGAACACUUGGCCAAGAAGCCGCAAAGCCCUCUCCAUGGUAACACCACUAGCUAAUGGAUGGGAAAUCCUUGUUGCUGAAUACAUUGCUCUGCUCCCGCAGUCUGGGCUUGCUGUGAGCACGAGGUUGCCCAAGCCAAACAGCAUCUUCACACUCUGAAGGUCUCGAUCUGGGGUCAUGACAGGACCAUGCAAGGUGUGAUUUCCUUGGCAGGCCUGGCAUGAAAGAUCUGUCUGGUGUCCGCUCCUCUGGGUACCAGACCCAUUUUGUGCGUUGAUGGCCCAGAUAAAAGACCUGCGCCAACCUUUCAAUGAGGGCUAAUGCAAAGCCCCAGCAAACAGGUGGAGAGGCAGGAAAGGAUGCUCCUGGCUGUGCAGCUGCUGAUCACUUGUUUAAACUUUUCCCAUGGAUCCCUCCUAUUGACUCCUUGGACAUUCAGCUUCUCCUGCAGGAGCUGUCCCUCUGCCCAGCCCUGUCCUGGAAGCAGUCUAGAGCAGUUUGUGACUCUCAUUCUGGGAGGAAUGCUGAAUAUAAAAAGCCACUGCCUAUAUACUUGCAGGAGGGAGGUAGGCUUGCAAAACCAAGUUAUAUUUCUAGCUCCCAGCCAAGCAUUUCUGAUAACCACAGCCCAUGGAGGGCUGUAAUUUCUCAGAUUUAUAUAUAGAGAAGAUGAGCCUGUGCUGGAGGCAGGGCUUAUAUAAAGGGACUGUCGUGCCCUGCUCCCCUAGACAGGCUGCUAGUGCAAAAGAGCUUGAGGGUUGCUCCUCUGUGUGACCAUGGACACCUCCUACCCACGUGAGGAUUACCUGCCCGUGACAUCCCACAAGCGGGACCCUUCUACUACUGUCAUCACCAUCAACUCCUCUGUGGUGCCCCGUGACCACCUGAUUUGGUCUAUCUUCAACACCAUCUACAUGAACUUCUGUUGUCUUGGAUUCGUGGCUCUUGCCUUCUCUGUCAAGGCACGGGACCAGAAGGUGGCCGGAGACGUGGAAGCAGCUCGGCACUUCAGCUCCAAGGCCAGAUGCUACAACAUCCUGGCCACAGUGGGAAGCCUGGUGCUGCCACUCCUGCUCACCGCCCUCAUCAUCACAGGUGUGAUCCACCUCUCAAAGCUCGCCCAGGAGUCCAUAGACUUUUUCAGCUACCAGUUCAGCACAAGCGAUGAUGAUGACAAGUGACUGGCAGGUGAAGGGUUUGCGGAGACUCCUCCGCAUUGUUUGUGGCCUCCCAAAUAGACCGCUGGUCCAGCAUAACCAGCAACUAAUACCGCUGCCUGUCUCUGCCAUCCAGAGCCCUAAGGCUCACACACAUACAGUCCUCCUGCAGUGUCCAAGGGCCCCAGAACGUUUCACAAGCUUUCAUGCCCUUAGAGCAGCACGCGGGGUGUGGAGGCAACUUCCGCACAGCCUCACAGACCCCCCAGACUUUUGCGCAGCUGAGUCUCCACUGGCCUCUCACCUCCCCCUUGCCUGGUCCAGCUCUCCCAGUGCCUAGGUGCUUGACACCAGCUUCCUGCCCUGCUUCUUGUGGGGUUAGUUUCAUUUAUCCUAUUUUUUUUCUUUUAUUCUUUUCUUUUUUUUUUAAAAAAAAAAAAACAUUUUAUACUGUGUGGGCUACAGCAUCCAGCCAGCC